ACUCUCUCACCAAGACAUAUCUUCUCAAAUCAGAUAGCAUCUCCGAAUCCAACUUGACCGGAAAUGGCAGAAACAUUUCUUUACACCAUCGCAGAGAGGGUUUUGGCAAAGAUAACCUCUGUUGUCAUCCACCAUCAAUGGGAUCUUGAGAACGAUCUGAAAAAGCUUCAGGAAAACUUGUUGACCAUAAAAGCUGUCCUCUUGGAUGCUGAAGAGAAGCAGUUGCAGAACCAUGAAUUGCGCCUCUGGCUUGGGAGGCUUAGAAGUGUUUGUUAUAAUGCCGAGGACGUGCUGGAUGAGUUGGAGUACGAAAGCUUGCGCAAACAAGCAUUGAAACAAUCUAGCAAUACCAAAAACAAGGUACGUCGCUUCUUUUCAAGCUCGAAUCCACUCGCAUUCCAUUUUAAAAUGAGUCGCAAGAUUAAGGAGCUCAGAGAGAGAUUAGACGAGAUAGCGAAUCAGAAGUCUAGAUUCCAUCUUGUAGAGCUCGUUGACUAUCGACUAGUUGUGCGAAGACAAAGAGAGAUGACUGACUCGUUGUUGCGUACAUCGAAUGUUAUUGGGAGAGAACAUGACAAGGAAUUGAUCAUGAAGUUCCUAUUGGGUCCAAACGUCUGUGACUCUGUCUCUGUAAUUCCUAUUGUUGGAAUAGGAGGUUUGGGAAAGACUACACUUGCUAAAUUGUUGUACAAUGACGAGAGAGUGGAUGAAUAUUUUCAACUAAAGCUUUGGGUGUGUGCAUCUGAGGAAUUUGACAAGACCCAAAUCAUGAUAAACAUGAUCAAGUCGUUAACCCACGAAAACCGCAGCGACUUAGAUCCUGAUCAAUUGCAGACUUGCAUUCAAGGUAAGCUGAAUGCCAAGAAAUUCUUGAUCAUUUUGGAUGAUUUGUGGAGCGAUGAUCGUGGGAAAUGGAUGGAAUUGAGAGAUUUGUUCGAUGGAGGCGACACCAGAAGUAAAGUCAUUGUCACUACGCGUAGCUCUUCGGUUGCGACAAUUGUUGGCACAACAUCAGCAUACAACUUGAAAGGUCUCUGUCAUGAAGAUUGUUUGUCCCUGUUUAAAAAAUGGGCAUUCAAAGAAGGAGAAGAGAAGCGAUAUCCAAACCUCAUGGAAAUGGGGAAUGACAUUGUGAUGAAAUGCGGAGGCCUUCCUCUGGCAGUAAGGACGUUGGGGACUCUACUAUACUCGAAGAACGAUGAACAUUAUUGGAAAUUCAUAAGAGAUAACGAGAUAUGGAAAUUCGAUCAGAAAGAAGGAGACAUUUUACCUGUAUUAAGACUAAGUUAUGAUCAAAUGCCGUCUCACUUGAAACCAUGUUUUGCUAUCUGUUCGAUCUUUCCAAAGGAUCAUGUGUUCGAUAGUUACGCAUUGGUUCAACUUUGGAUGGCACACGGACUGCUUCAACCAUCAUAUGAAAAUCAAGAGCUUGAAGAUGUUGGAUUACAAUAUAUGAAGGAGUUGUAUUCAAGGUCAUUCUUUCAAGAUUUUGGUGACUAUGUGCACUUCAUGGUUUUUAAAAUGCAUGAUUUGGUGCAUAAUCUUGCAUUAUCUGUUGCGCAAAGUGACUACAUGGUGCUUGAUGAUCUUAGAAAGAAUAUAUCUGAAGAGAUUCGACAUCUAUCGUUCGCUGAUAAUGUGACUUCGUUUGCCCGAGAGGUUCCAAGCUUACUUCGAAAAUCAAAUCAUUUGCGAACCAUCAUUUUUCCAACCGAAGCAGAAGGGCCUAUUACAGAGUCCUUUAUUAAUAGAUGCAUAUCCAUUUGUAAGUGUUUGAGAAUGAUAGAUUUAAGCGGAUCAUCGUUUGAGGUGUUGCCGAGUUCAAUUGGUGGCUUGAAGCAUUUGAGGAUUCUCAAUUUAAGUGCAAAUGAUAGAAUCAAGAAGUUGCCGGAUUCAAUCUGCAAGUUGCACAACUUACAAGCUUUAUUAGCAGGUAAAUGUUCGCAACUUACAGAAUUGCCAAGAGACAUAAAGAACAUGAUUAGAUUGCGAUUUCUUGAAAUUACAAUCAAACAGAAUCAUUUGCCUGAGAAUGGAAUAGGGUGUUUGCAAUCUCUUCGAUAUCUGUCUCUAUUACAAUGCACCAAUCUUGAACUUCUGUUUGAAGGAAUGCAACGGCUUACAUGCUUGCGCAUGUUGAACAUUUGGAAUUGUAAUAGUUUGCGAUCCUUGCCACGAAAUUUGAGACAACUAACUGCAUUAGAGAAUUUAUUUAUUGGUAACUGUGAAAAGCUUGAUUUGCUGGAUGGAGACGUCGAUCAAGACAUUAAGUCGAGCCUGCAAUUGUUGAUCUUUAGUAAUUUGCCUUUGCUAACGACCUUGCCUCAGUGGCUUCAGAAGUCUACCAGAACUUUACAAUGCAUCAGAAUCAUUGAUUGUGAAAACUUCUCUUCAUUGCCUGAGUGGCUCCCAAAUUGUACCUCACUCAAAAAGAUUGAGAUCCAAGGAUGUCCCCAAUUGUUGACACUACCGGAGGGGAUGCAUCAACUCUUGGCCCUAAAUGAGUUGAAGAUUAAAGAUUGUCCAACAUUGAGUGAAAGAUGCAAAAAGGAAACUGGCGAGGAUUGGCACAAAAUAGCUCAUGUUCCGGAGAUUGAGCUUGACGAUCAAGACAACACAUAGAUACUACUUCAUCUGCUUAUAAAGACUCUGAACAUCUCUAACUGUUGGCGACUUGUUUGUAGAUGAAAGAACAUGACUACUAAUACAAUGGGUUGGCAAGCCUUAAAUUGUCGACGCUCGCUGGCUUACUUGACUUAGCUGGUGAUCUUACCUCGAUGGCUUGAAAGGUAUUUCAAAACUUCACAGUUCAUCUCAAUCUAUUUAUUGUAAAAACUUGUUGUCCCCGCCUGCAGAAUGCUUCCAAAGUUUCACAUCGCCGCCUGAAUCUAUAUCUGGAAUUGUUGUAAAUUGUUGAUUGUAUGAGAAGGGGAUGGAUUGCAUCCGCAAACCUAAAGGGGUUGAAGAUUAUAGUUUAUCCAGCACUGAGUGAAAUUAGGUGCAAUAUUUUCAUGCACCAAUUAUAUUCAUCUCAUAGCUUCACACAGUGCUUUGAUCCAAAAUGAAUGGUGACAGAAUACUUUCUUC